GAUGACGAACGUGACACGUGACUGAUACAGGAAGUGGGCAGAUAGGUCGCGACUCGCGACGGUGAGGCGAAACUUGGGUGUUGCGAGGAUACGGUGCUCACGAGUCUCCAACGACGUGGUCCACAGUCUGAGAGAUGGACAAAGCAGGCGUAUUUAUGAUCGUGUCGCUGACUAUCUUGACGUCACAGAUAAACUGCCAAGAGGCCAUCCUGCAUAUUUCAAAUGGAAGCAAAGAACAGGAAUUCUGCAUCGUUAACAAUCAGUCAUGGACCCCCGUGUCAAAAAGCCUCGAUACUGCUGUGCAGUAUCCACUGGUGAACAUGAUCUCCACGCUACUGUGUGACCCCUCAGGAGUCAGUCCAGAGGUGGUGAAAGGCAAGGCGUUGGUGGUGAUGAGGGGAGACUGUGCUUUCAGUCAAAAGGCUGUGGUUGCUCAGGCCCUCGGUGCUGCAACGUUGCUCAUUACUAGCAACAAAACUCUGGUCACUCCAUCAGCCAAUGACUCAGACUACUCAAAGGUCCAAAUUCCUCUAGCCCUCAUGAGGUACAUGGAUUUUAUGGAAGCACAACAGGUUUUCGGUGAUGAGAUGGAGGUGAAGCUUUAUGCGCCGCCCUCUUCCAAGAUCGAUGCCAGCAUCGGUGUCAUGCUGCUGAUCGCCAUCUGCACUGUUGCCCUGGGCGGCUAUUGGAGUGGAGCAUGUGAGAGAGAGCGUCUGAAUUUGGACUUAGGAGGAGCGAGCGGAGACAACAAAGCAGAUAGCGAAGACCUUCCCGUCUACUCUCCCAUCAAAGUGCUUCUCCUAGUUGCCUUCAUGUGCGGUGUCCUCAUCCUCAUGUAUUACUUCUACAACAUUCUAAUUUACGUCGUCAUCACCAUAUUUUGCAUUGCAUCUGCCAGUGCGCUGUUCAAUUGCAUUCAUGCAGUUCUGGAACUAAUGGGCUGCGCCUCUGGGAGGUUCACCAUUCACAACACUACCUUCUCAGUGAGGUCCCUCAUUUUGGCUUGUGUGUGCAUCAGCAUCUCUGUGGUCUGGGGUGUCUACAGGAAUGAAAACAGGUGGAUAUGGAUCUUGCAGGAUCUACUUGGCGUUGCUUUCUGCAUCAACUUCAUAAAGACCAUCUCACUGUCCAAUUUCAAGAUCUGCGUGAUUCUCCUGACCUUACUCCUUGUUUAUGAUGUCUUCUUUGUUUUCAUCACUCCUUUCCUCACCAAGAAUGGGGUUAGCAUUAUGGUGCAGGUGGCUUUAGGGCCGGACGCAUCAGGAGAAACGACACCGGGUAACGUGGCGGUGCCGGCCUUGCCCCAGACUCCCGCUGAGACACUUCCUGUCGUGAUGCGUGUCCCACGGUUUUCAUCCUGGACUCAGAACUUGUGCGGGAUGCAGUUCUCCAUUCUGGGUUAUGGAGAUAUCAUUGUGCCAGGUCUUUUAGUGGGUUACUGCAGCAGAUUUGACGUCUGGAUCAACAGCACGAAGAAGAUCUAUUUCCUCAGCUCUUGCAUAGCCUAUCUGAUGGGAAUCAUAACAACGUUCGCCGUGAUGCUGCUGUCAGGGAUGGGCCAGCCAGCCCUGCUCUACCUUGUGCCCUUCACCUUGAUCACCUCUGCGACGGUGGCGGGCUGCAAGGGCCAAAUCAAGCAGUUUUGGACCGGGACCUCCUAUGAGGUUUUGGAAUCUUCACAGGAACCUUUGUUGCCAGAGGCAAGACCUGACCACCCCAUAGAAGCCGAGCCAUGCUGACCUCUAAGCCGACUGCCGGAAUUUCUAUUUUUUUUUUUUUUAUAUAUAUUUUUUACUAUGGAAUUGACAAAGCAAGGGACAAUGAUGAAACCAUUUUAGAUCCGUUUGGGUUGAUUUUCAGUGUUUUGCUGUCAGGAGUUUGUAAGUUCUUUUUGUUGUUCUGAAAAGGGUUUUCAGUGCCUCAUGGUUUUUUUUGGGGGGGGAACUCAUCUUUGCCAAUACAUCCUGCCUUGGCGAUGACUGAACACAUGAUAGAAAGCACUUUACAGUACUAUAUUUAGUGUGUUUCAUGCAGCGUGGGCUAGAGGAGGCUAUGUAAAACAGUAGCAGCUACAUAGUACAUUUUUGAUAACUUUGGAUUUCUGUCUUGGGUGUUUUUAUUUCAUUCCUCCAUUGCCUUAUAUUAAAUGAACACAAAGUG